AUGGCAAACCAGCAGUUAGACUAUAAGUUUCUCCCGACUUCACGUGGUGGACGUUAUCUAGUUGUUGAAGGCUUUGUGUUUCGAUUGAAUCGAAGACGCAACGAUGCUUCAUGGGCAUCUUGGAGAUGCCAGGAGAAGACAUGUGCUGCGACUGUCUCUACUGUGAACGACAUCAUCACCAAGCAUCCCAGCCCACAUAACCAUGGACCUGUCCAUAAUGAGAUAAAGGUCAGAGAGACACUGGACAGGAUGAAGAUGGUGGCCAAGUCAUCUCUGGGUCCGAUACCGACGCUGUACAACGAGGUUCUGGCCUCAGUGAGCGAUGGUCCUUGGACGGAAGAGAACAGGUCGUUCAUCGCAGAAAUGCCGACGUACGACACCGUCAAGAACAGACUGUACCAGGCCCGAAGAUCCACCUUCCCACCCAUCCCAUCUUCCCGACGAGAAAUCGUGAUCCCAGACGAGUUCAAAACAACCAACGCUGGCGAGCCCUUUGUCAUCAUCAACGAUGGCGACGACGAUAAGAUCCUUGGCAUGACGACAACGGUGAACAUGCAACAUCUUUGUGCUGCCGAAGUUGUGUAUGGUGACGGAACCUUUUAUGAAAGAGCAGAAACUGAACGAAAUCAAGCUUGUUCAGUACGCUGCUGGGAGGAAACCGCCACCAAAAGGAGGAAGUACAUCCAUGUCGUCGACUCAAGACUAGAGACUCUGAAGCAAGAACUCGAGAUGGUGCCAUGA